GCCAAGUUGUGUGUUGUGUGCAGACGUCGCCAUUGUAAACAACGUCAACGGAUAACAUCCGGUUACAGUUAAUUAGUUCAAACUGGGCUAUAUUAUUUUAAUCAUGCCAAAAUGUUACUUAAAUGGUAUUCGAGGAUACAGAACAGGAAAAUACAAAAGCAAUACGGAGCACGACCCAUAUGUUAUGACAACAAGGUCUGGUUUGUCCAUCAAGAAAAUCCCUGCUCUUCGAGGUCUGGGAGUAGCAGCAAAGCAACAACCGCAGCUGCCUAGACAGAGAAAGGAAAAUGCCGUAGCCAAGAAAUACCCAAUAAUCAAAUACAAAUCUCUGAGCUAUCUGUCUUUUGUAACCAGAUUUGCUCUCGCUUUGAGGGUUCCAGAAUUAGAACUCGCCGGAGUGAACCCAAAGGAAACGCUGGAGUAUUUAGGUGAUGAUGGGUAUUUCUAUCGGUCAAAUAGUGCGUCAACUUCAAGCGGAGGGGACUCAUACGAUGACGACUACGAAUCAGAAUCGGAAUCAGAAGAUGAAGUGUUUGAAGGAGUGGAUGAUAACGUAUUUUACGGAUCAGAGGAAGAUGAUAAUAAAAAUUCACAAGGGGAAAGUGACUCCUUGUGUGAUAGCGUAAGCGAUAUUCGCUUGACUGACGAAAAUCAAAACUUCAGUGACAAUAGUUCUGAUCUAAUUGUUGAUAGCAGUCAAAAUUUAGAAUCGAAGUUUUUGGGUGUCUCGUUUUCUACAAUUGGCGGACCAGACAUUAGUAGCCAUAACGAAACUGAUAAACUUUUCGCGUUACAAUUGAAAAGUGAAACACAAAUUUCGUUUAAAUGCGAAGACUGUGAACGAAGUUUUACCAUAUAUUCAGCGUACCAAGCGCAUGUUCGCUCUCAUACGAAACAACGAAAUCGAUGUGGAGUAUGUGGAAAGAUUUUCACUCGUUCCUGGCUCUUGAAAGGACAUAUGCGCACGCAUACCGGUGAAAGACCGUUUCCCUGUCCUGCUGAAGGAUGUGAUAAAGCAUUUGCUGACAAGUCGAAUCUUCGAUCGCACAUGCUUAUACACAGUGUUACAACAAAGAACUUCACCUGCCAGAAAUGUGGACGUGCUUUUGCUCAAAAACGUUAUCUUCACAAGCAUAUGCUAGAAGUGUGUCGUUUGAUAUAAGAUUUUCAGCAACUUUCGUAAAAGAAAUUUGGUUUCUGUAACCUCAAACAUAUACGUAAUAUAUGUGUAUAUAUGUCUCUGCUUCAUGUAUAAACGCAUCGCUUUUAUUUCGAAUAUUUAUCAUACUACCAUAUUAUGUUACUCCGUCAAAGUUUUCUGUUGUGUUUUGUGUACUAUUGUUUUUUUUUUUUAAUUUUAUUUUUACUGCGACUUUUUCAUUUUGUGUUCGGCUUAUGACUUUGAAUACUCCUUAAGUAUCUUUUCUCCUCUUCUACUUUUUUUUACAAAUAAACAACUGGUAUACAUUUUUUCGUCUUAAUCGAUAAUUGUUUUUUUUAAAUAAAGAAAAGAAUUAGUGGUGUAACAUAGAAGAAAAUUUUUCAAUAUUUGUAUAGUCAAAUCAAAAACAAAAUCUGUGUAUUCAUAGUCUUCAAGGCAUGUUUAGUCUUAUUUCAUUGGUAUGCGUCAUGAAAAAGUUAACAUAUAUAUCCACCUCUUUGUCAAGUCACGAGUAUGAAUACUAGUAUACACGUACAAACGCGACAUUCACUCACAAACUUAACACAAGGUCGUUCGGACUUCACUGAUUCAGAUUGUGAAUUUGUAAUUAAAAUACACUUCUUCAAAGCACCCUUUAUCACUAUUGCUAUUAAAAUAGAUAAAUCUAAACGCAUAUAGUAAAUAAAUCAACUACAAGUAUGCACCUUGUUUUAAAUUAUACAGAUUUUUUACAAGUACAUUGUAAUAAGUCCAGAAUAUAUUUUUUUCUGAAUUUUUGAUAAAUCAACAAAAGUUAAGUUAAUUUGUAUUUGAAAAAAAAUAAUAAUUUGAUUCUAAAUUAAUUAAGCUAGCCAAUACUAAAUGUUUUGUCCUCUAUGACAUACAACUGUGACAUACAUUAUAUUAUAUAAGUGUGUUCUCUUGGAAUAUUGAAAUGGAAGAAACAUGUGUAAAACUUCUAAAUUUUGAAUAUUACAGUCAAUAUAUUGUUUAUUAAAAGGAUUUGUCAAUGACAUAAUAUACAUUCAAAAAAUUAUCAUAUGUGUUUUGCACAUUUCUGUUCAUAUUUAAUGCAAUAUUUAUAUGCUAUGUUUUUAUAAUAUUCUAAUAAAAUUGCUUUGUAUAUGAAAGAAA